GGCUUUUCGACGUCGCUGGACGCGGAUGAGUCGGCCGGGGCACAACAGGUGACCUAGACAUAUCCAGCCUCGCAAACCUGAUAUGAUCUAUUGACUGUGAAUUUGUCGACAUCCUCGUGUCAUGCACCAGUUAUCUCCCGAAACCUGCAGUGGAGUCCAUGCCUUAUAUUCUUGGAUACGGGUCGGUACUCCGCCAUCGUGGGGACAUUUUCUCCAUUUUCUCUCGUUCCCCACUUUCGUUCCGGGUGACCUUCUUGCGAGCGAUUGCGCACAUCGAAUCAGUGAUGGCGACUUCCUGACAAACAUCUACUUCCCUCUUAAAAUGAGCUCGUAUUCCGUUCUCGUUGACUUAACUGCAAAAUGGCCACCACCGUCGAAACCGUCACUCAAGCUCUCCCUACGCUGACCCUUCGUUCCGAUAAACCUUCGGAGGAGAAAUCAGAGGAGCCUUAUCAAUACGCUCACCUUAACCCACACUUUUCCCCGGCCACCUAUCCUCCCUUGACCGAUUUCGAGCAUGUCGACCCCGGCCAUCGUGCUUUGAAACAUCCAAACCCCCAGUCUUUCUUAGACAAUGCGACCAGCGUGACCGCAUUGACACCUUUUUUCGGCACGGACAUUAGCGGCGUCAGUCUGGCGGCUCUGGACAGUGACGGUAGAGACCAGCUUGCAUUGUUGGUAGCACGCCGUGGCCUUGUUGUGUUCAGGGAUCAGAAGGACUUCAUUGACAGACAUCCUGAUACCUACCUGGAAUUCGGGCGUCAUUUCGGAAGGCUGCAUAUUCACCCUACUAGCGGCCACCCGCAAGGGUACCCUGAGCUGCAUCUCGUCUACAAGGAUGCCAAUAAAACAUUCAACUUCGAACGAGACGACAGCAUCACCUCAACGUCGUGGCAUUCGGACGUCUCUUACGAAAAACAACCCCCUGGCCUCACAGCUCUCUUCCUCGUCUCAACUCCUGCCUCCGGUGGCGACACAGUCUACGCAUCACAAGUAUCUACGCUCAAGAAGCUUUCGCCUCAAUUCGUGGCCUUCCUUAGAACUCUCAAGGCUGUCCACUCUGGUGUCGAGCAAGCGGAACACUCCAGGUCUGGCAAGCGUGGAGGGAUUGUGAGACGCGAGCCUGUGGAGACUGUCCACCCAGUUGUCAGGCGUCAUCCCGUCACUGGUGAAGAGGCUCUCUACGUUAACAGGCAGUUCACUCGCCGUAUAGUUGGUCUUAAGCGAGAGGAAUCAGAAAACAUUCUGCGCUUCCUGUACGACCACAUCGACAAGGCUGCCGACUGUCAGGCUCGCGUCAAAUGGUCGUCAAACGCCGUUGUCCUGUGGGACAACCGCGUCACCGCUCAUUCCGCCAUUGUCGACUACGGAGAGACGAAAGAGCGUCGUCACGGUGUGAGAAUAACACCUCAAGCCGAACGUCCAAUCCCAGCUCUUGAGGGUCUGACCUUGGACGAUUAGCGCCUUCCGCAUCUUUAUGAUUUGUAUUAUGUUAUGUUGUAAGUUUCAUGGCCGUACUCGCUCUGUAUUGGAAAAUCAACCUAUGAACACUCGCACCAUGUUUUGC